ACUUGUCCUGCACUGCAAGUGGGUACGAGUGCAACGAUUGGUACGAUAGUGAGGGUUGUACCGGUAGCUGGCUGUGAGGAAGUGGCGAUUUUUUACGAAACUAAUUUUCUACAGGAACCCAGCCAUGGGUCGAUUUUGUACCUCGCCCAUUCUUCUUUGGACUGCCAUCCUCUCUGUUAUUUUGAGUGCUACUGGCUUGACGAGGGAUAAUUUCUACCCGUUUGGCGUGCAGUACGGUGACGGCCAACUAGCCGCAGGUGACGCGGUUCAAGGCACCUUGCGGUUGCGGAUACCGCUUCAGUUUCUGAACGUGGAGCACGACACUGUUUACGUGAACACAGAUGGUUUGGUGACAUUUGCCCCUGUGCCAGUGGAAGGCCAGGCCCCUUACACAUUUGGCGUUUCGCUGAAGAACAGCCAGGUGGAAACAAUUGCCCCAUUUGGUGCUGACUACAACACCAGUGAAGGAGGCACUGUGUUCUAUCGAGAAGCCUUUAGGACCGAGGUCCUCAACAGAGCGUCUCGGGAUGUCAGCCAGUUCUUUGGGAGGACGGGCUUCCAGGCGAGGUCUCUGACGUUAGCCACCUGGGACAGUUUGCGGUUCAAAGACGAGGGCAAGACUGUCACCUUCCAACUCGUUAUUCCAUCAGAUGGCGACCAAACCUUUGUCUUCUUCAUCUAUGAUGAUACAAACCGAGCUGCUACCAACGACUACCGCGUCGUUGGUUUCAGUAACGGGGAAGGAUCACAUUUGACCAUCGGGGGUCAUGUCUCAAGCUUCACCAAUGUGGGCAAGAGCGGAAUGUGGGCCUGGCAGGUUGGCGGGGCCAACUUGGGCACCAGAGGCUUUGCCAAGCCCAUCAUCGACAGCCAGGGCUCUGUAAUCAACACAGGUGCCAGUGGAUCAGCAAGCGGUGGGGUGGUCAGUGGUGGAGCAACUGGCGGUGGUGGUUCAUCCACAUUCACUUUACAAGGCGGAGGAUCAACAGGAGGAUCAGCCGGUGGCUCUGACGGACAGGGAGCGGGAGGAUCCACUGACGGGGGAGGUGGUUCGUCCUUUACCAUUGUCGUCGGUGACGGGACUGGGAAGGCGACUAGUGUCACCAGGGGGUCAUCAUCCUCUUCGUCUGCCACCGUAGUAACGGUGGGAGGGGGGUCCGUUGACGUCGGGGCAGGGGGGGAAGCCACAGGUGGACAGGUGGGCGGGGGAGGGGCAGAUGGAUCUCAGCCGUCCACUGGAGGUGGUGCUGGAGCCGGUAGAUUCGACGUCGACUUCAAUGUUGGCGAAGGCCUCAGUCCAGACUCUGGGGCCGUCUGUGACACCUGUCACCCACAGGCCACCUGCCAGAAGUUCUCUGAUGGCUACUGCUGUGUCUGCCCGCCCACACUCUUUGGCAACGGACAGGCGUGCCUUGACCCGCAGGGUAGACAACGCUUGAACGGUCUGGUGUCCGGUACGGUGAAUGGUCAGUCCUUCAGCAACGCCAAUCUUCAUUCCUUCAUCAUCCUGAGCGAAGCCCGGACCUACACUGCCGUCAGUCCCCUGCCACCUGAGAUCAGCUACUCCCUGCAGACCAUCACCCCUAUGGCCGAGAUCAUGGGCUGGCUCUUUGCCUUGCCCAGUGGCAAAGGACUCAACGGGUUCAUGCUGACAGGUGGCAAGUUCAGGCAGACGUUGAACAUCACCUUCAGCACUGGAGAGCAGAUGCUGAUCACGCAGGAGUUCCAAGGUGUGGAUGAGGAUGGUUAUAUCCGAGUCAUUGCCAAUUGGAACGGCAAUGUGCCUGAGAUCCUGCCAUCUGACUACAUCUUUGUAGAUGAUCACAAAGAGGAAUACAGCCGGCAUCGAAUCGGCUUGAUCCACACAUUUGCCAAGCGAACCAUGCAGGUCAAUGAUGAUACAAUCUCCUUCACCAUGGACCAGACCAUUGAGUAUGACGAGUGCGUAGCUGACGAGGAGGACACAGAAUACAUCCUCAACUUUAUGAGGGUCAGCCUGACGGAGACUUAUCUGACCUACGAGGAUGGCGAGAAGAUCCUACGCUUCUCCAUGAUCGGGAAGGUCACGCCCGCUUCAGAGCAAAUUGAUGACCGUUGCCUGAACAACAACUGUGACCGUAACGCCCAGUGCCUUCCUGUCGGAGAGUCAGGCUACCGAUGUAAAUGCAACCCAGGCUAUGAGGGCGAUGGCCAGAGGUGCACAUUAAGUGAUCCUUGUGCACAGAACACCUGUGAUAUCAAUGGUUACUGCAUACCCCAGUUGGACCGCUACACGUGUGCCUGUAAUGCAGGGUACCAGGGAGAUGGUUUCACAUGUAGAGUCGAUCGUUGUGCCAGCAAUCGGUGCGAUCCCAAUGCGAGGUGUGUGGAAACCACCACGGGCUACGAAUGCUACUGCAACAGCGGAUUCACUGGGGACGGAUUCAGAUGUCAAGUGAGAAGUCCAUGCGAUAACAACGCAUGCGAUGUGAACGCAUACUGCGUACCGGCUCAGACAGGCUACCAGUGCUAUUGUAACGAGGGCUACACAGGCAAUGGUUUCAAUUGCGAGGCUGAGGUGAGAAAUCCAUGUGAUAACAAUGCAUGCGAUGUUAAUGCGUAUUGCGUACCAACCCAGACAGGCUACCAGUGCUAUUGCAAUGAGGGCUACACAGGCGACGGUUACAAUUGCCAGGAGAGAAUUGUUAACCCGUGUGAUAACAAUGCAUGCGAUGUGAACGCUCGCUGUUUGCCGUCCCAAUCAGGCACAUACCAGUGCCUCUGUAACCAGGGCUUUGUUGGCAAUGGCUUUAGUUGUCAAGAGGACCAAAUAGACCAUAAUAACGAAUGCGACGCCAAUGCCCGGUGUGUGACUGCCGCAUUCGGUUACCAGUGUUUCUGCAAUCCCGGCUUCAGAGGGGAUGGUUACAGAUGCCAAGCUAACGUCACUGACCCUUGUGCUAACCAUACAUGCCAUAAAAAUGCCCGUUGUGGACCCUCCUCCGAAGAAGGCACUUAUGAAUGCUUCUGCAUUGAAGGCUACACUGGUGACGGCUUUACUUGCGAGGUUGAUCCCACGAACCCCUGUGCUAACAAUACCUGUGAUAGUAAUGCCCGGUGUGUAGCUUCCUCUCCAGAUGCUUACGAAUGUCUCUGCAAUGAAGGCUACACUGGUGAUGGCUUCACAUGCGAGGCUGAUCGUACCGACCCUUGUGCUGACAAUACUUGUGAUAGAAAUGCCCAGUGUGUAGCCUCUUCUCAAGACACUUAUGAAUGUUCCUGCAAUGAAGGCUACACUGGUGAUGGCUUUACAUGCGAGGCCAUCCAAGUUGACAGAUGUUCCAACAAUGCCUGUGAUGCUAAUGCUCAGUGCUUCCCAUCAGAGACGGGUUACAGUUGCUACUGUAAUGAAGGUUUCAGCGGUGACGGUUUUGUCUGUCAAGAAGUCGUUGAUCCCUGUGCCAAUAAUAACUGUGAUGCCAACGCCCAAUGUGUACCAUCUCAGGGAGGGUACCAGUGCUAUUGCAACCAGGGAUUCACAGGGGAUGGAUUCACUUGUGAAGCAAUCGUUGAUUACCGUUGCCGCAACAAUCGGUGCUCGGUCAACGCCCGCUGUUUCCCCACACGGACCAGCUACAGGUGCUAUUGCAAUGCUGGUUACAUAGGAAAUGGCUUCACGUGCCGAGCUGUGGCUGUUGAUCCCUGCAGCAACAACCGCUGUGACUUCAACGCCGAGUGCUCCCCGGCUCCGGGCGGCGGCUACACCUGUGAAUGUAACCAGGGCUGGGAAGGAGACGGAUUCACCUGCCGAAAUAUACUAGUCAACCUGUGUUCGGCCUGUGAUGUCAGUGCCCAGUGCAUCCCUGAGGGGCGUGGCUUCAGGUGUGUCUGCAACUCGGGCUUUGAAGGGAAUGGGCUCACCUGUGAAGAUGUUGAUGAGUGUUCCCAGUCUGGUACCCCGUGUCAUCGUUUCGCGACUUGCUACAAUGUACGUGGCAGCUUCUCCUGCUACUGUCAGCCGGGCUAUGAAGGGGACGGGUUCUCCUGCCAAGAGAUCGUCCAACCACCCCUGGACGAAGGUGCCCUCAUGUAUGCCCGGGGCAUGGCUGUCAUGCGUGUGCCUCUCAACCCCAACCAGCCCGGCAGCAAGGUCAUCUUCCGCUCAGGACAGACCAUUGUGGGCUUGGGCUAUGACUGUUCGGAGGAGUACAUCUACUGGACGGAUGUAUCCGGUCGCACCAUCAGUCGUGCGAAGGCUGAUGGGUCCAGCAUUCAGGUGCUAAUCAACCGAGGUCUAAGCAGUCCAGAAGGUUUGGCUGUUGACUGGCUUAGUCGUAACAUGUACUGGACUGACUCAGGCUAUGACCGCAUCGAAGUGGCUAACCUGGAUGGCAGUAACCGACGUGUCCUCCUCAACACCAACAUGGUCAACCCAAGAGCCAUAGCCGCUGACCCCAUCGGCGGGUUUCUGUACUGGACCGACUGGAACAGAGAUGGUCCUAAGAUUGAGCGUUCCAACAUGGAUGGCAGCGAGCGCACGGUGCUGGUGGACACCAACCUGGGACUGCCUAAUGGCCUCAGCUUGGAUUACACCACCAGCCAGAUCUGCUGGGUUGAUGCAGGCACCAAGAGGAUCGAGUGUAUGAACAUGAACGGGGAUCCCUUGACCCGCUUCACGGUAUUUCCCAACUCCAAUUAUCCCUUCAGCAUCGCAUCCUACGGCUUCAAACUCUACUGGUCAGACUGGGAAACCAAGAGCAUUCAGAGCAUCAGCAAGACUGGCGGCGCGGAGAGCACGCAGCUCAAGCUGCCGCGGGGAGGCAACGGUCGCAUCUACAGCGUUGUUGCAGUCACCUCCUGCCCGAGCGCCUCCAACGCGUGCACCACCAACAACGGCGGCUGCAGCAGCCUGUGUUUACCCCUGCCGGGGGGCCUGAGGAAGUGUGCUUGCCCCACCAACCUGGAGGGCAACGAGGUGCCAUGUGUGUAAGAAUAGAACCCAUCCUGCUACCUGUGUGAACAACCCAUGGUGCUCACUGCCAAUGACUCGUGGUCACAGAGAAUCUCUACUCAACAGUACAAGGCUUCUCAUUGCUUGACACUACUAUGAUACAGUCUUUUUGAUUGGAGAAAAAAGAUGACUUGGUAACAGACAACCGCUUUUUAUUUGUGAUCAGCCUAUGCACUUGCAAGCAAUACUCGAUGUCAUUGGACAGUCAAUAGUUUAAAUGUUGACCAUCAGCAACCGUGUUGAUAACUAGGAAACCUGUAUUGAAACAGUCAGGAGAAAAUGUUGACGUUUUAAAAAGCACAUGGCACGAUGCUGCACCACUAAAAGUUUUUAGUUGUAGAAUAUUUUUUGGGACAAUUUACCGUGAAAUAUUCACAUUGUUUAUCGGAGUGACGUCUUUCUGUGUAUGUGUAACCAGUGUAGGUUUGUACAAGCCAGAUGUAUCUUCUAGCUCUUUGUUAAUUUAUCUUUAUAAUAGAUUAUAACCUUCCAUUUUAGUCUGCCAGUAACUUUCAGUGUAACCGAUUUCUGUGCUUUCCGAAUACGUAUUACUUCUUUAUCACAAAGGUGCUCUUUUGUAAUAAGACUCAAGUCUGUACAAGUUAACUUUGAUUGACUGGUGCUACAAACUGCUAGUGAUCUCAAAUGAAGCUACGUUUUUCGGGAGCCCAGUUAAAAGCAUGCGCGGGUGGGCAUUUUGGCAAGAAUUAAAAAGCAGUUGUGGAAAUUGGGGUAAAGAUUUGAAGUGUCACAGCACAGCAUGUAAAUAGGAAUACCAUUUACUGUUGGCUAGUGUAUGUGAUGGCCAUAAAGUGCAGUUACAACUUUUGUGAACAAUUUUUGUGUGGCACGUUAGUGUUCACCUGAAGGUCUUGGUUUCAAACUUUAAUACAGAUUUCAGUGAGCAGAGGGUUUGGCUAAUUAGCCGCUGGCUUCUGUUGGGGCUUGUGGUGUUAUUUGCUGGCUCUACCCAAGACUUCAUGAUAAGGCCGUUGUAACAGCAGCUUAGGGUGUGCAUUAAAAAAAUGUAACUUGGCGUAAGGUGUGUCACACACUGAAGCUUUCUAAGUAGUUGCAUAGCGCCCUCUACUGCUGAUGUAUGGAAUCCUUGAUCUACCCUGUAUUCUUUUGAAUAAUAAUCAUCUUACUUUUUUUAAAACAUCAGGUGUAUUGUGCAGAAAUAUGAAAAUAAAUUGCUGUUAUUAUUCCUGUUCAUUAAUUAAGCUUUCAGAAAGAAACUGUAAGAUAUUUUUCAUGUGCUUUUCACAGUGUUGCUAAUCAUAGUGAAGGGAAAAUUUAAAAUGAAAGUUUUAAGAAUGUGUAAUUGCAUUGCAUAAAAACUGGAAGUUUGAGCCUUUUAUUAGGUUGACCUAAGGUAACUUCAUGCCGCAAAGGCCAAACCCCAAAAAAAUUACCUCACCAGAAAUGAAAAUAAGUGAUGUAAAAAUCAAGUUUUGAAAAGCUAUGCCAAAACUUAAACCCUGAUAAUAAUGCCACCGAAAUUUGGAAAGUGUUUGCCAAUGUUGUCAGCAUGGGUUUUGAAGGUGAUGACAUUAUACCCUAAAAUUUCAAAUGAAUUUUACUUUUUCUGUGAAUGGACUUUCAGGUGAAAAGACUUCAUCAACCCAUUGUCUUGUGUUAUUAGUCUUCUUGCUAGCACUUUGAUUUUUAUUUUAGCAUUCACGACACCUGCAUGACAAGUCCAGUGCUGGUUUGUCCAAUGAAUUUUAUGGCCGAGAGCACCGUAUUCUGUUUUCUAUCUGAAGAUUGCAUGUAUUUUGACAGCCUUUUUAAAAAAAAAAAAAACCUUAUUUAUUUCAUAUGGAUCCGUUAAUUGAACUUCUAGAAUAGCAGAGAUCCGUUUAAAAAUAGUAUUAUGAUAGGAUUGGUCAACUAGUGGGAGUUUUGAUAAUGCCUUUAAAUGUGAUAAAAAGUCUUUCUUUUGUCUAACAUGUGUAUCAUAACACUAGGUGGAAGUUGACUUUUAAAACAAUCAAGCAUGUUUUUAAAACAAUUUCAUGGUAGACUGUUUUUGGCACACAUUAAUUUUCACUGCAUAUUUUUGUUAAAUUAAGUCAGAUUAGGAUGGUACAGUAAUGAACCUUGUCAGAACAAACUAAGAACACACAGAAACUAUUGGAUAGUGAGUGAAAUUAAACAAGUGCAUAUUCCCACAA